GUAAGGCACGCUAAGUUAAGCGCUUACCUCUAUUUAUUUGCCAUUCCAAUGGGCUUCAAAUGUGAUCCCCAAACCCCAAUUUUAUGAUUAUGUCUUCAUUCUUAUAUAUUUCUUAAGCCUCUCUCUGUUCUUCAUUUCUCAAAGUCAAACUACACCAUUUCUGAUCUCUGCAUCCCAAUCCAACAGAUCAACAUGGCUUCCACCGACGGUGCAAUUAUCGUGGUUAUGGGAGUCAGCGGGGCUGGAAAAACCACAAUAGGUCGGAGGCUGGAAAAAGAGACCAAGUAUAAAUAUUUUGAUGCAGAUGACUUUCACUCGGAAUCAAACAAAGAAAAGAUGCGUUUGGGAAUCCCACUUACCGAUGAAGACAGGAUGCCAUGGCUUGAAUCACUACGUGAUGUCAUAAAAGAACACUUAAUUAACAAAAAGGGUAUGAUUCUUGGUUGUUCUGCUUUGAAGAAGCAAUACAGAGAAAUAUUUAGAUCAGCUGUGUUGGAUUAUAAAUGGGGGAGCUAUUCGAGUGCUGUUACCUUCAUUCUCUUGGAUGCUCCUGCUGAAGUGCUGAGUGUUAGGUUAAUUAAGAGAGCUGCAGAAGGAAACCAUUAUAUGCCUGCAUCUCUUCUGCAAUCUCAGUUGGAUUUGCUUCAGAUUGAUGAGUCUGAGGGAAUACUUAGAGUUGAUGCCACUUUAAGGCCUCAAUCCAUUGUAAACGCCAUUCUAAACAUGCACCGCUUUAAGGGCUGUUUUCAAUCAUGA